CGCUCCCAGGAAGGGGUGGGCUGCAGCUGUGGCGCCAAAACGCGAACAUGGCGCCGGAGCGGGUUCGGAACCGUGUGCUCACCGCCUUCAAACUGCGCGGAUUGCUGCUCCGGGGAGUUAUGUCAAGGGCUCAGUGCUGGCACUAUGAAUCCACAGCACCUGGCAGCUGAAGAUAGAGAGGGAGAGAAAGACACCUGCAGACCUGCUUCACUGCUCAAGAAGUGGAUCCACUGCAGAGAAGCUACUAAAUACCUCACUGAAGCUCUUCAGUCUAUCAGUGAAGUAGAGCUUGAAGAUGCACUGGAAAAGAUCAUUGAUGCCAUUGAGAAACAGCCCUUGUCAUCAAACAUGAUUGAACGAUCUGUAGUGGAAGCAGCAGUACAGGAAUGUAGCCAAUCCGUAGAUGAAACUAUAGAACAUGUUUUCAAUAUCAUAGGAGCAUUUGAUAUUCCACGCUUUGUGUACAGCUCAGAAAGAAAAAAAUUUCUUCCUCUGAUGAUGACCAACCACCCUGCACCAAAUUUAUUUGGAUCAGCAAAAGAUAAAGCAGAGCUGUUUCGUGAACGAUAUACCAUUCUACACCAGAGGACACACAGACAUGAAUUAUUUACUCCUCCGGUAAUCGGUUCUCACCGCAAUGAAAGUGGCACCAAAUUCCAGCUUAAAACAGUAGAAACCCUACUGGGCAGUACAGCCAAAAUCGGAGAUGUGAUUGUUCUUGGAAUGAUAACUCAGUUAAAGGAGGGAAAAUUUUUUCUAGAAGAUCCUACAGGAACAGUACAAUUAGAUCUCACUAAGGCUCAGUUCCAUAGUGGUUUAUAUACAGAGUCAUGCUUUGUCUUAGCAGAAGGUUGGUUUGAAGAUCAAAUAUUUUACGUCAAUGCUUUUGGAUUUCCACCCACUGAACCUUCUAGUACUACUAGGGCAUACUAUGGAAAUAUUAAUUUUUUUGGAGGACCAUCUAACAUAUCUGUGAAGACUUCUGCAAAACUGAAACAAUUAGAAGAUGAGAAUACAGAUGCUAUGUUUGUGUUUAUAUCUGAUGUUUGGUUAGAUCAAGUAGAAGUGUUGGAGAAACUUCACACUAUGUUUUCUGGUUAUUCACCAGCACCUCCAACUUGCUUUAUACUGUGUGGUAAUUUCUCAUCUGCACCAUAUGGAAAAAAUCAAGUUCAAGCUUUGAAGGAUUCCCUAAAAACUUUGGCAGACAUAAUAUGUGAAUAUCCAAGUAUUCACCAAAGUAGCCGUUUUGUGUUUGUACCUGGUCCAGAAGAUCCUGGAUUUGGUUCCAUCCUACCAAGGCCUCCACUGGCUGAAAGCAUCACAAAUGAAUUCAAACAAAGAGUACCUUUCUCUGUUUUUACUACUAAUCCUUGCAGAAUUCAGUACUGUACACAAGAAAUUAUUGUCUUCCGGGAAGAUUUAGUAAAUAAAAUGUGUAGAAACUGUGUCCGUUUUCCUAGUAGCAAUUUGGAUAUUCCUAAUCAUUUUGUCAAGACUAUCUUAUCCCAAGGACACCUGACUCCUCUUCCUCUUUAUGUCUGCCCAGUAUAUUGGGCAUAUGACUAUGCUUUGCGAGUGUAUCCUGUUCCUGAUCUACUUGUCAUCGCAGACAAAUAUGACCCUUUCACCUUGACCAAUACCAACUGCCUCUGCAUAAAUCCUGGCUCAUUUCCAAGAAGUGGAUUUUCAUUCAAAGUCUUUUACCCUUCCAAUAAGACAGUAGAAGAUAGCAAACUUAAAGGGUUUUGAGAUUCUUGAAGACCAUCUGAAGAAACAAACUUCAUCAGUUUUCAGCUUAAUUUUAUGUAAUAUAAAGUUACAAUAAAAUUGUGGUAAAUUUAAA